UAUACACACGCUCGAUCGAUCGAUUUGUCCGCAGCCGAAUUCAACUCAGGCUCAGCCAGGCAAAGUCUCAAGUCAUUUUUUUUUUGAUACGGUAUACUUAGGUCUUUCUGCUGCAACCAUCUGAACCUUGAAAUGUCUAAGAGCAUUUUCUGUGUGCUAAGGCAAAGGCUUUGCUGCAAGGGGUUUGGCUACAGAUUCACAUUCCCUGCCAACACUUUAGUCCAAAGACCUGAUGAACCAUGGCAACAGAUAUCCUUCAUUAGGGCCAAUUCGUCACGCUCUAGGAGCAACAUCAUGCGUGACAAAAAGAGAGCCAUACGGACAAAUGUACUGGAGGUCAUCUAUGGUGGGAGAGAUAAUAUUCCAGAGGAAGUGGCGAGGAAAGAAUUAGCUCAACCAAUAGAGGAAGAAGACCUGAGUGAAGAUGAAGAACUUGGCCCUGGAUUAAAAGGUUCAGAGAUUAAGCAAAGAGCCUUCUUAAAGGAAUCCAAAGGUUAUGAAAGAUCAUCUCUUGAUUUGAUUAAUACACUUUGUUUAGACUCUGAGUCAAGAACAAAAGACACUGUCCAUGAUUUUCUAACAGCAUUAGCUGAUGGAAGUACUAGAGAGGAAAUGCAGAGGGAUCACAUAAAAGAUAUAAAGUGUCUUUGUGAACUGCCACAUAGUCAAAGAUUGUUGAUAAUGGAUUUGUUGAAAACUGAAAAACUUGGAGAGUUUUUAUGCAGAGCCAUGCCAAGUAUGGAAACAGACACCUUUGUACAAUCCUUGUUGAUUUUCUACUGGUGGGAAUUAAGGUUAAGUGCAUCACAGAACAAAGUCAUAGAGAAGGAGUGUCUUCAAAGGAUAUCGUCAUGGGACGUUGAUACCCUGCUGCUGGUGACCGACUGGUGGAUCUGCAUGGCAGGUGCAAGUUCCUGGUCCUUUCACAAGGAGAUGUUGUCAGUUUUGAGGACAUCCUGGACAAAGCUAUCUGCCCAGCAGAUGGUGCAAGCAUUCUACCUGUGUGGACAGUUCAAGAGACCAGCUCAACCGCUAAUGGACAAACUUGUCCUCCUUGCAGAGGGUUUUGUUGAUGAACUGUCUCUGACAGAAAUUGCAGCAGUUUGCAAUGGUAUGGUCAAGGUAGCUUGUCGGCUGCCACGCAAUAGCAUUUUACCAGAUGUCAUUUCUUCAGCAUUAUCCAAAGAUAUCCAACUUGAGUCAGAUAUAGAGAAAUACAACAUUGUUACAAUCAUGAGGUUCCUUGGACGUUCUUACCAUUACAAUGCAGACUUGUAUAGCAAACUCGCUGUUAGUCUUGUUCCUUACAUAACAGAUAUGCAUUAUCUCGCACUACCUCACAUAUUAGGGGUUUUUGCAAGGGCAGCCUUUCUCAGCAAGCCUCUAUUUCUAGAAGUGUUGAGAUGCUUUGAUCAUUCCAAGGCUAACCUUAAAGACUAUUACCUUACGCUUUGGUCAUAUUGCAAACUGAAUUAUACCCCGGAUGAAUUCAAUAGAUUUCUAGAAGUGGCCAUUGCAAGAAUACAAGAAAACAAAGAAUGGAUGAAUGAUAGUCCAUUUCUUUCUGUCAAAACACUUGUGCCUCUCACCUUUGUUGGGAUAUAUCCAGUGGAACUCAUCCAAAGGACAUUUAAUCCUCUUUAUCUCAAGAAAAUCAUAGGUUGUUGCCCUCCUGAUGUGUACAAGCACCUGUAUUGCCUAGAUUGUUCUGUAGCUAUUGAAUGCCCAAACUACACGGGACCAAGACUACCAAAGAGUAUCCUUUCCCGUCAUAACCUGGUACCCCAUGGUUCAUCUAAGGUUGUUAAAGAUGAAAGACAGUCUUACGCUGAAAUCAUUCCCAUCCUGGCUAGAGUGCUCGGAAGCGAAGAUGCUUUCUUGGUUCAUCCUAUCUUGGACCACAUCCGCACACCUGUUGAUAUUGAGAUCCACCUGGAUGAGAAUAAUCGACCCAUCAAUCUCCGUGAUAAGAAAAGCACAGAGGGGUCCAUUACCAAGCUAGCUGUAUUGGUAACCUUGAUGAAUCACUACCGUAAGAACUCCUCAGAGCUCCUUGGUGUUCAUGUCAUGAAGAGAAGACAGUUAAAGAUUACUGGUUACCAUUUAGUUGAGAUCCCUUUCGACGAGUGGCAUCAGGUCAGGGGCCGGAAUAUAGACGAAAAGCAAAAGUAUUUGGCACGCAAGAUUUUCAAUAGGUAGUCUCUACUCUCCAUUCACUGACAGUGUGCUCAUCACCAGAAUGUAGAGAAAAAGAAAGUAUGCCACAUAUAUUCAACAAGAAUUUUUUCCAGUUGGUCUACAGCUGCUCUUUCUACUUUAUGGUAGAUCUCAUCUCACAUGGUCUUAUCCUAGUUCAUCGACAACCACUUUUUAAACUUCUAACCCUCUCCCCUUCGCUACAGUUCAUCAGUUAACGCACCAAUAGGUCUAUAUACAUGAGGAAUUAUGGAAACAUGGUAAAAAUCGUUGACUGAAAAUGAAUAUUAAGUAUAGAUUUAAAGCAUAGAAUUUGAAAUGUAGUUUUAGAUAAUUAAGCAUCCGGAAAUAAAACAAUUUUAUCUAAUGUAUCCAACACUUCCAAAAUAUCCAAUGUAGCCAUACUUACCCUCACUUUCACAGACGAUGCCUGCGUCUUCCUGAUGAAGUUCACAGUCUUCGACACCCCAUCCAUCAUUCUCACAAUCAAGAAGAUGUUCUUCUGUUCCAUUCAUCAUAAUAAUAAAUAAUAUGAGGCACUAAAACAAAAGGUACUAUAGGGCAUACAAUGUAUGAAUAAUAAUUUAGAUUUUGCAAUAAUAACCACAAUCAGUCAUUCUAGAUAAAAAGGGAAAUUAAUUAUUGAGGAAAAAGGUAUGUCUGAAGGGAAGAUUUGAAGCCAGGAAUACUGGAAGCAUUUCUUAUUGGAAGAGGGAUGACAUUCCAAGUCUUGGCAGAUAGUAAGAUAGAUAAAUUUUAUUUUCACACGGUAAAAAACCCAAACAGAUACAGAGUCUGAUUUGCAUUGGGGCCGUGCCAUGAAUAAAAUGUACAAAGUAAAAGGCAUCGAAUCUUGAUAUACAUCAAUAACACAUAAACAUAAUAAUCGUAAUUCUUACCAGGGGGCCGUUUCAUAAAGCUGUUCGUAAGUUAAAGAACGACUGGUGAUCCUUUCUUACGCGCUAAACCAUCGCCUAAGAUAAAUCCAUAAUUUAUUGUUCGAAAU